UUCCCGACCAGACGAACGAAAGAUGCGGAAGCGGAUGAAGAAGUGGAAUCUGAAAAUAAUGGCGGUAGAAUCAAGGAGAAUUUGAGAAUUGUCCAAAAUAAUGAAAAACAGAGUAAACUAGUGUACAGUGAUGAGAAUGACCAUUCGUAUCUAGUAGGAGUACCGUUUGUUAAAUGAGGAGCAGUUGAGCAUAGUACCAAUCUUGAAGAAAUCAGUUGUGUAAUCCAAACUGUUGGAGAGAGUGCUGGGUAAAGUGAGGAGACAGUCUUGUUUCGAUUUUUUUGUUGUGGUUCUUUGGAUCAGAAGGGACGUGCGUUGUGUCCUAACCGAUUUGAUAAGUUUGAAGUCUCGUGUGUGUCUCGGAACAGGGCAUCCCUCAAGUGGUUAUAUCUGGCGUCUUGUGGGAAGUCGAUUUUGAGGAGGUAUUUCUUACUUGAUAGAAGCACGUCGGAUGAAUCGUGUGGUGAAUGGUGAAACAGUGAAGAGUAACGUUAUCUGUUCUUAUAUCUUUUGAUAUGGAGUCUCUCCCUACUCAAGUGCAGUUAGGGUAUAUCAACUACAGAGUCAGAGCAUUUGUCCCAAUACCAAUGCAGUGUGAUCAUUGUAAAGCUUUUGGUCAUGUACCAAGUGUUUGCAGAAGGGAGAAGCCGACAUGUCCAAGUUGUGGACAAAUGCCCCACGAGGGUGAAAGAGAAUGAGGUGGCCAGAGUCAGGGUUGUACAGAGCAUUUCAUAUGCAGCAGCUGUGAAAAGGUUUUGAAUGGUAGUGGAUAGGCCUAGGCUGCAGGGGUCGCCUUUCAUCAGCAGGAUCCUGAUAUGUUAAAGGUUAAGAAUGUGGACUUUGGCAUUUAUAGCUAUGGUAAUUAAUGGCACUGCCAAGGUGGAGAGAAGGUCCGGGAAGAUAGAAAUAAUAGUGAUUGCGGCAGAGCUGUUCCUGGGGCUGAAAGAUUUAUCAGCGAAGGAGUUAUAUGGAAUAUUGGCACAAGCCCUACCACACUCUCAGGAAGAUAACGAUAACUGGGGGGAAAAAUGAAGUUUUGGCAAUGUAGAAUUUUAAUAGGGUGGAUUAAGUUAGUUUCACUAUUCCGUAUGUAAUCGUUUAUUUAAUUUUAUUUGGUUUCAAACCGUCCAGUUGGUGGCGGCAGUACACCUUUUGGUGUGUUGUCCGCCAUACAACCCACAGAAGAAGUGCGCAUGCUCAACACUUGAACUUGGUUUUGAUUUUGGUCGGCAGCAUGGUUUCUACUGUAGCCGGUAUGGCGGCGAUGUAUGUUGUUCCAAGAGGCAGUGAAGAAGAGCCUUUCAUUCGCACUGAGUGAGAGGGAACAAGCAAAGGCCAUGGCAGGAGUAUUCGACAUUGAUUUGGAUCAGCAGGACGAACAUGUGUCUGAGGACGAACUCGAGGAUGGAAUCCAAAUGAGCGAAUAUGGGCGACAAUGCAGCGGGUUUGAAUUUAACAUGGAUGACUGUGAAAAGUUUGAAAUCUCUGAAGACAGCGUCAACAAAGGAACGGAGCAGAUUCGUCCGGAAUGCUUUGAGUUGCUCCGAGUUUUAGGAAAAGGAGGCUAUGGAAAGGUUUUUCAAGUUCGUAAGAUGUCGGGUGCCACUUCGGGAAAGAUCUUCGCUAUGAAGGUCUUGAAGAAGGCCAUGAUAGUGCGUAACGCUAAGGACACUGCUCACACCAAGGCAGAGAGGAAUAUCCUGGAGGAGGUGAAGCACCCAUUCAUAGUGGACCUCAUCUAUGCCUUCCAGACAGGGGGCAAGCUGUACCUCAUCCUGGAGUACCUUUCUGGUGGGGAGCUGUUUAUGCAAUUGGAAAGGGAGGGGAUCUUUAUGGAGGACACAGCGUGCUUCUAUCUGGCAGAGAUUUCCAUGGCUUUGGGACACCUGCAUCUGAAAGGCAUCAUCUACAGAGACCUGAAGCCAGAGAACAUCAUGCUCAGCAACAACGGUCACGUCAAGCUCACAGACUUUGGCCUGUGUAAAGAAUCAAUCCAUGACGGCACUGUUACUCACACCUUCUGUGGCACCAUAGAAUACAUGGCCCCAGAAAUCCUGAUGAGGAGUGGACACAACCGGGCUGUAGACUGGUGGAGCCUGGGAGCUCUCAUGUACGACAUGCUGACAGGAGCACCACCAUUCACUGGGGAAAACAGGAAGAAGACCAUUGACAAAAUCUUAAAGUGCAAACUGAACCUGCCACCUUACCUCACACAAGAAGCUAGGGACCUUCUAAAAAAGCUGCUGAAACGCAAUGCAUCGUUACGGCUGGGGGCAGGCCCAGGAGACUCCUCAGAAAUUCAGAGCCACCCGUUCUUCAGGCAUAUUAAUUGGGAUGAUCUUCUCGCUCACAAAGUGGAGCCUCCAUUCAAGCCUUUUCUGCAAUCAGCUGAUGACGUGAGCCAGUUUGACUCCAAGUUCACUAGCCAGACUCCCGUGGACAGCCCUGAUGACUCCACGCUCAGUGAAAGUGCCAAUCAAGUCUUCCUGGGUUUUACGUAUGUAGCCCCCUCCGUCCUCGAAAACAUCAAGGAGAAAUUCCCCUUUGAGCCAAAAGUCAGCUCACCAAGGAGGUUUCUGGGAAGCCCAAGAACACCAGUGAGCCCAGUGAGGUUCGCUGUGGGGGACUGCUGGCCCCGGGCCCCCACCCAGGCUGGAACCUCGUCCCUUGGAGGUUUUGGGUCUGGAGACCAGCCCAUGGAGGUUGGUGUGGAGCAGAUAGCCAUUUCCUCCGAGGUGUCUGCCCCCCUGCCUAUCAGAAAGCCCUCUGGCAACACCACCACAGGCGGCCCCUUCAAGAAGCAGGCCUACCCCUACCCCAUCUCCAAGCGGCCCAAGCACCUCCAGAUGAAUCUAUGACACUGCUCCAUCUAGAACUUCUUUCCUAAAUCCUCCAUUCACUUAUUUUUUUAUUUUAAGAGACUUAUAGAAAUUAAAUAAAUGACUGACGGACCGUCGGCACCAUUCACCAGCUCCUUCAGACGCACGUUCCAUCCCUGCCUCCCUCCUUUCCUUCCAUCCCUUCCUGUCCCUCUCUCCCUGGUUGGGCAGCUUGGCAGCCACACAGGGCUUUCUACCCUAGCAGAUAUGACAAACUAUAGGAGCCUCCUGUUAGGGAGAGGAGGAACUAGGGAGAGAACUCCCUCCCACCAAUUAGAGCUUUAGUCAGACAGCAAGAGGUCUUGACUACUUCCUUCAGCCCUGUAGAGUAUAUCUAGAGGAAGAGAUGAGAGCAGUGCUGCUAGAUGCUGCUGUCAAAUUCCGGUGUGCUCCACUGGGCUGGCUUCUCAUGACACGCUGGUGCUUUGUACUUUAGGUGAGCGGGGACAGAGUGUUACUCCUGAUGCAGCAGUGCUUUCCCUCACCAGGAGUGAGACAUUAUUGAUCAAUGAAACUGGGUAAUAGACUUUUAAAGCCUGAGGGUGGAGAUGAUUCCCCCUUAAAUGCCUCUACUUCAUUUUUAGAACUUGCUGACGAGGGGUUACAGGAUCCAUUGUAGCUGAAUACAGUAGAUGGAGUCAAUCACAGUGACACAAUGUACACAGAACACUAUUCACUGUAGACUCAGUUAUACUGCUAUAUAUAGUGUAUUACAUUGUUCAAUUUAUAAAAAGUAUGGAAUCAACAAUUCCUUUUUCUGCUUUGUCACUUGAACAUCCCAUCAGGAUAAAUCUUGCAGAACAUGUCUGGGCCAUGUUCUGUAUGUAGAAAACGUAUUGACACUGAGUGAAACAGGAAGGUACAACCUGAACUCGUCCAAUGAGAACAUCGAUUUCCCUGAUCCCUACUUAACAUGACCCGGAGCCAGGUUGUUGCCAAGCGUUGUACGUUGCCGAUAGACAUGGCAUGAAUAGAGUUGACAUGAUUCCUUGUUCUACAUAUCACAUUUCGACCUGAACGUUGUGUCCUUCUGAACACGCCCCACGUGUGGUGUCAUUGAUGGAGGGGCAGCUAAAAACACGACGUGUACUAUUUCAGCUGAAUGCAUCACCUCCUGCCCCACUUAUCCUUCAAUACCAAAUGCUGACACUGCUUUACCAGUCUGACUGGAUCUCUAGGUAGAUGGAAAACCAUUUAUGUAUGUAGUACGUUUUUGCGUUGAAUGUAAACUGACUCGAUGCCUUUUCGAGUGUCACUUACUCAGAUGACCCACAUAAGUUCUCCACGAUUAUGAUGCAUGCAGGUUUAUUAUAAUAUUAUGGACUUAUUCUUUUUGGGCGUCUGCCAAUUUGUGAUUGUCAGAGACCAACCGAGAGCUUGUCUUUUUUUUUAAUUGAAAGAAGCAAAGCAUUGAGGCCAAAUUCUCGUCACCACUGCCUUUUAGUGUUUAGCUAAUCACCAGGUUGCAUUUUUCUAAUGGUGUACCUGGCUAGGUGCUUCAUGGAUCCUUCCCUCAGUCUUUAUGCAGCCUUGGUGAUAUCAGUAGGGCCAGUACCUCUGAUUCCAUUUUAUCUAGGGAUUGUUUGAAAUAUGGUGUGACUUGAAGCUUAUGUAUGCAUAUAUGUGGUCUUUAACUGUCUUAUCCUCUGGAGAAAAGCCAUUUGAUCCUCCUCUUCCCCAAACAGGAACAUUUGUCACAUUAAUAAUAAUCCAAUCAUACGGUUCUGUCUAGAGGAAGGCAGCAUGCUUCCUGAGACCUAACCGUGAAAUUAUUCCUUUCUGUCUGGAGAUGUAUAUUUGCUCCAGUGAGUUUAGAUACUGUAGUUUCCCCCCACCGUGGAGCUAUCAGAUUCACAUGACCAAGAUAACGAUCAUGUUUAAGUGUGUGUGUCUGUGAUUUGAUAAACUUGAAAAUAUGCCUCAUUCAAUAAGCAAACAAUUGUACUAUUCUGUAUAUUUUUGAACCAGGCAGUUUUAUUUUGGUCGUUCUCUGGAAUCUGUUAGGCCUACGUCAUGACUGAUAGGUUUGUAGAGGGACACACACAAGUCCUUUUCAAUACAAUUGAAUGUAUAUCCUGACAAAGGAUUUCCUAUUCCAAGACAGGUUUAUUCAAGUAUACAUUUUCACCCCCUUGUCUGCUUGUCAGUGAAGGAAUGGACAAAUUGCUUUGGCUUCAGGUUCCAUUGGAGAGGAUGUUUGGUGUGCUUCAGAGCAACUUUCACCCCCACAGUGACCAUGGCUUACCUUUUUUGAAUAUUUAUAAUCCAGCUUCUGUUUUAUUUUUUACAAGUGCCAUUAAAUAUUUUUUCCACUGCAUCAGUCACACUAUGCAACCAAUGUAUUUAUGUAUUUUGCAUUAUGUUAAAAACAUUUUUUAAAGUAUGUUUUUUUCAAUGAAUCUGUUUUGAGAAACCUCCAAAAUGCAGCCGUUCUUUAGUUUGGAAUAAAGAAUGUCAGGUGCAAAAUAGAAUCCUAUUGAAGUUCAGAAAGUAACUUUUUGAUCAUCUUGUGCCGGCUUCUUUAAUUCUGAACCUGAUAUUUAAUACGAUGCCUGCAGCAGGUUGAAACAUGGGCAGUUUAGGUGUGUGUGUGAUGAAAAAUACUGACUAAUGCAAAAACGAAUGGGGUGGGGGGUUGGAUGUGCCUUUCUUGAAAAAAAUAGCAUGUAUUUUCAGAUGUGUAUGGAAUGUUAGUUACUGAGGAAGAUGAUUAGACCAUAUGUUUCUAUCUCUAGUGGUAUAGGGUCUUUGAAGUGGUUUUCUGUGCUGCUCUAACCUGUUGAUACUGAAAUUAUCUGAAUGAUACUGAUCUGAGUGAUUUCAGAGCUUGAGGACCUUUUUAUAGUUGUGUUCAACUGAAACAAAAUUAGUGAGUGUUUGGGAACAUGAAUGAUUGAUCUUCUCAUUAGAAGACUGCUGCAAACAGUUAAUCAGAGUCAAUAUUUCACCCCUAUAUUUAUUCCUAGACAUUUCAGGGGGUUUGGAUGUUGAUAUGUAAGUGGAUGGAUGUGAACAAAAUAAAAAGCAUUUACUGAG